AUGUAUCCGCCGAUGACGCUCGCCUACCAUCAAUAUCAUUCAUCGACUCUCUCCCAUGCUCAUCUUGAGCAUAAACAUGGCCACGUCGGUCAUGAUUGGAAACUCAACACCGGAUUUGGCUCCAGACCAUUGGUGGUAGGACACCGUGUCGGUGGCUGGCUCCCAAACGACCACGCCCGUGUCGAACAAUACAUCGCCAAGCUACUUGACAAGGUCGAGCACGACAAACGUGCCCUUGACCAGCUACACCCUACCAUCGUUGAAUUCAAAAACCUUGUCGACAAUACCCCGGCCCUCCGCAUGGGAUUCAGCCAGAUGUUCGAACAAGUUCCCCAAAAACCGCCUUACAACAAGGACCCAACUCUCAAGCCUCAGAUUCGAGACUACGAUACAAUGUUCAAGACAUUUGAUUAUAUCAUAACCCAUGCCAUCGCUUACGAAGACAACGACCUCGUCGGCUUCCCUAUCAACGCUAUCCUCGAUUGGCCCAUGGGAACUGACGCAGGUCUAUACACGUUCCUGGUACCAGCCGUGAACGAAAAGUUCAAGAAGAUGUUCGAUGCAUGGUCCGAGUUCCUAUCUUCUCCAGCCUCGCGAACAUAUCUUACCACCGAGGAGAACGGUUGGCUCGGCCCCAAGGCGAGCGUGCACAUCCCCAACUUUGCCGAAACCUACAAAUGCGACCCCGAGGCCGAGUACUACGGCUUUGCAUCCUGGGAUGACUUUUUCACGCGCGAGUUCCGUGACGGCGUUCGCCCUAACAAGUUCAAGGACCCCAAGUAUGACGAUAUUAUCACGAGCGCCUGCGAGUCGGCCGUCUACCGGAUCUCCACCGAUAUCCAAGAGCGAGACAGCUUCUGGCUAAAGGGCGAACCUUACUCUCUUCACGACAUGCUUAACAACGACUCUUACACGAACCAGUUCGUCGGUGGUACGAUCUACCAAGCGUUCCUGAGCGCAUACAAGUUCCAUCGUUGGGUCAGCCCCGUGAAUGGAGUGAUCGACCGAAUCGAAGUCAUCCCCGGCACCUACUACGCCGAGUCUCCCAUGAUGGGCUUUGAUAAUCCUGAGGGACCAGACCCAGCGGGACCGAACUGGUCGCAGGCGUACAUCACCAGUCUCGCUGCCCGUGCCCUCAUCUGGAUUAAAGCCGACAACCCCGAGAUCGGGCUGAUGGGGUUCUUGGCCGUGGGCAUGAGCGAGGUCUCCACUUGCCAGGUGACCGUACGCCAAGGUCAGAGGAUCUCCAAGGGUGAGGAGACGGGCAUGUUCCAUUUCGGAGGAUCGACGCAUUGUUUGUUGUUCCGCAAGGGUGUCAAUGUCAACUUUGAUCCGCAAUACACCGAGCCUGGGUCUGAGGUGUUGUUGAAUGCGGCGAUCGCUACCAUAGGAGAAGGGAAAAGCCAUCACUAG